AUGUUUCUCCAACUCACUUCCUUCCUCGCUGCGCCCGACGAUCAGCUUCCCGCCAAGCGCGAAGCCAUCCAGCAGACCCUCCAGCCCUUCCUCCUCUCCCCCAGCCGUGUCACUGGUAGUGAAACUGCCAAUGAAAAUGAAACUGCCAAUGAAAAUGAAACUUCCAAUGAAAAUGAAACUACCAAUGAAAAUGAAACUUCCAAUCAAACCGAAUCUCCAAACGAAAAUGAAUCUUCCAAUCAAACCGAAUCUUCCAAUCAAACCGAAUCUUCCAAUCAAACCGAAUCCCCCAAGGAGGAAUCUUCGCUUUCCUCCUUUUUGAACCGCGUGAUUUUGCUUCGCGAGUCGGAGUCGAACGCGCGCGCGACGCUUUCUUCGCGCCAGGAGCUCCAAGCGACGCAGGAGGCGCGCAUCCGCCAGCUAGAAUCGGAAGUAGAAGAGAACCAAUCGCAGCUCGCGAAGCUGAAGCGGCAGAUCCACGCGUUGGAAGCGUCUGGCGGCGUGGACGCGGAGACGGAGGCGCAGCUCGAAGACCUCGAAGAGACCAACGCGAAUCUCCGGCAGGCGCUGCGUGGUGCGAAGACGAACAUGGAGCAGCAGAUGCAGCGGCAGCAGGAAGCGGAGGCGCAGCUGGUUCGCUUGCAGACGGAGCUGGUGCAGCUGCAGGAGACGAGCAACGAUAUGGUGCAGCAGACGAUGGCGGCGUGCGAAGCGAAGACGAGCGAGCUGGCUGCGCGCGCGCGGACCGCGGAGGCGAAGCUGCAGGCGAAGGAGGAGGAGCUGGAGUCGCUGCAAGCGGGGUGGGAGCGGAGCGUAGGAGAGUACGAGAAAGAAUUAGCGACGCUACGCGCGCGGAAAGUGGCGGUGGAGCAGCAAGUGACGGUGUCGGAGAAGUUCUUGGAGGACCACAAUCGGCUGCAUCGCGAGGAGCUGGAUCGCGUGCAGAGCGCGCUGCAGGCGGCGCAGGAGGAGGUGCAGGAGCUGCGUUGCCAGGUGCUGGAGCGCGAGGCGGAGCUGGAAGCGAACCAGCAGAGCGGCGAGGAGACGCGAGAACAGCUGGCGGCGCAGGUGGCGUCGCUGACGGAGCAGCUGCGAGCGAUGCAGGGCAGGCUGAGCGCGCAGCAGAGCAGCGUGCAGAGCGUGAAGAAGCGCGAGGCGGAGCUGGAGAAGGAGAUGAAGGCGCGGCUGGAGGCGAGCAUCGCUGCGAUGGAAGAGAAAGACAAGGAAAUUAUUCGGCAGCACGAUGAGGAGAAGAGAUUGAGGCGUAGCUUGCGCGCUUGCGAGAGCAGAUCAGCACGCUGAUUCACCAGCUGGAGGAGGAGCGGAAGAGCAACAAGAAGAUGCGGGAGACGGUGGCGCAGCUGAAUGAAAUCUUCGAAAGACAGGACAGACAGAUCGAAAUCCUGCGGUCCGACGUCACGCUGCGCGACAGCGAGCUGCUCGCCGGGAAGGAGCAGAUUCGGAAGCUAUCGGUGCUGCUGAGCCAGAAGAUGGCGGGACAGUUGU